AUGCGCGAUACGACAUCAGGAGCAGAUCUCAACAUCCGCUACCAAGUCACAGUCAGCCAGCUCAGCACGUCAGAGAAGCCCACGUCAGCAUCCCUCCACGUGGCAGCCGCCACAGCCAAUGGCCUAUCCAUCCUCAACCUCAACUCGUCCACGUGGAUCCCUGCUGGCACUGCUGACAAGGCGUAUACCCUAUCAUCCUCCUUCCACCUCUCACAUUUCCUCUCACCCCCCUUCCACCUCCUGUUCACAGUCCCUCUCAUCCCCUUUCCACCUCUCACAUUCCCUCUCAUCCUCCCUCCACCUCACAUUUCCUCUCACUCCCCUUCCACCUGUUCACACUCCCUCUCAUCCCCUUUCCACCUCUCACAUUCUCUCUCAUCCCACUUCCACCUCUCACAUUCCCUCUCAUCCCACUUCCACCUCUCACAUUCCCUCUCAUCCCCCUUCCACCUCACAUUUCCUCUCAUCCCCCUUCCACCUCUCACAUUCCCUCUCAUCCCCAUUCCAUCUCCUGCUCACACUCCCUCCUUCCCCUUCUUGACAUUUCAGCUAAGUUCAGCCCUUAACACUCUCCACUCCCUUCCCAGUUUGCUCCUUCUUCUUCCCCUUCCCCCCUCCCCUCUCACCACCCCUUUCCCUCCACGUCCUCAUCACCCCACCCUGCAUAACCGCACACUCGCUCUUCACCCUUCUUACCCAUGCGUGCCCCCCUUCUCCGUGCUUGUCACCACUCCCGCCUUCCCCAGAAGCGCCCUCAGAGCCCAGCUCAGAGCGAUAAUUCGCACCUCCCCUCCCUCCACUCUCCCUUCCCUCUCUCUCCCCUCCUCUUGCCAGAUGCCCGCCUCCUUCUAUGUGCUCGUCACCACGCCCGCCUUCCCCAAGGGCGCCCUCAGAGCCCAGCUCAGAGCGAGAUUCUCACAUGCACUUUCACUUCCCUCUCUCCGCUUUCGUCCCCGUCCUCUCCCUUCCCCCCUCCCGCCUCCUUUCCAGAUGCCCUCAUCCUUUUAUGUACUCGUCACCACGCCCGCCUUUCCCAAGGGCGCCCUCAGAGCCCAGCUUGAGGCGUCCCUAUUCACUAAGCUCGCUGGCUGUAGCAGGGGGUUUGGGUGCUAG